AUGGUGAAGCUGAACAGUAACCCCAGUGAGAAGGGAACCAAGCCGCCUUCGGUUGAGGAUGGCUUCCAGACCGUCCCCCUCAUCACUCCCUUGGAGGUUAAUCACUUACAGCUACCUGCUCCGGAAAAGGUGAUUGUGAAGACAAGAACGGAAUAUCAGCCCGAACAGAAGAACAAAGGGAAGUUCCGGGUGCCGAAAAUCGCUGAAUUUACGGUCACCAUCCUCGUCAGCCUGGCCCUAGCUUUCCUCGCCUGCAUCGUGUUCCUGGUGGUUUACAAAGCCUUCACCUAUGACCACAGCUGCCCAGAAGGAUUUGUCUAUAAGCACAAGCGCUGUAUCCCGGCCUCCCUGGAUGCUUACUACUCAUCCCAGGACCCCAGUUCCAGAAGCCGCUUCUACACGGUCAUCAGCCACUACAGCGUGGCCAAGCAGAGCACUGCCCGGGCCAUCGGGCCGUGGCUGUCGGCAGCCGCCGUCAUCCACGAGCCCAAGCCGCCCAAGACCCAGGGCCAUUAG